GGGAGGUACAACCCCAGCACACAGGAAUAUGUACUUUCUCAGACAUACAGUUUGAUCUGAUCCUCAAUGCCCUACCAUCAUGCCAGAUUUUACCCUUUUCUGUCUUAAAGUCCUUGCUACUGGUAUUAGGAUUACAGCAUUGCCAAAUUGGGGGGCUGGUUUUUCACCUUCAGCUGCUUCUCAGUAAAGGCACAUGACCAAGAGGAAUUUUUAGUGACUCUUUCCCUGCUGCUGUGCUCAGAGGCGGAAGUGAAGGGCAUCUGAAAGCGUGAGAACGGGUGUCUGGACAAGGUGCUGAGGAUGGCAGACAGCUCUGAUCUCUGGAUUGGCAGCGCUUAUCUAUUUCUCCAGUCGACAUCUGAGAAGAUUGUCCUGCCCUCUCUUUAUGGAAGCUCCCACCAGAAAUCUAGCGUGUUCAAGGCCCUCAAGUUGGCGUUAGCAGAUUCCACAGGCAGCCUGCAUGGCGUCGACAUGCUCAAAGUGCACUGCAGUGAGCCGCACCUGAUUAUCCAGCUUAAAUUCUGCAUGCGAGAGAACUGCCGCAAAUUCCUUCAGAGCUACCGGGCCGGGUUGUUCCGGGAGUCUCUCCAGAAUCACCUCCAAGUCACCCUGUCAAUGACAGCCGUACCUGUUCAAGUGGAGCUGAAGGCUGGCAGCGAGCAGCUGGACCGCAUGCUGAAUGAGGAGGAGCGUUGUUUGGACUGUAUCUACAAAGAAAAGCCCGACCGCCUGAGGGACGAGGAAAUUGCAGAGCUAGAGGAAUCUUUCAGGAGCCUGACUUGUCGACAGCAGAGCAACAACACGACCCCUUCAAACAACUGCAACUCUUUGAACUCCUCAUCUCUGUCUUAUUGUUCAGGGGGGAGCUCUCUGCCCCCAGGCGCCACUUUCAUCUUUCAGGAACAACAAUUUGCCAACAGAACACUCACGCCAGAUGACCAUCAAAAAUUUGCCAAGCUCGUGUCGAAGAAAUGGAAGCAGGUGGGUAGGUCUUUGCAGAAGAACUGCCGAGCCCUUCGGGAUCCUGUCAUAGACAACCUGGCUCACGAAUAUGACCGAGAGGGAUUGUAUGAGCAAGCGUACCAGCUCCUUCUCAAGUUUAUCCAGUCGGAGGGCAAGAGAGCCACGUUACAGAGGCUGAUUGCAGCCCUGGAGGAAAACAGUCUCAUAACCUUAGCAGAGGAACUCCUGGGUCUCCACCCUAGUGAAAACGACACAUCUUAGACCAGGGAUAGAGAAGCCAAUGGAACUUGGAUCUUGCCUGUUUCAAACAGUUUCCAAGACUCUUGCCGGCCUCCCAGGCAUGCCAAGCUCAGUUAACCACCAUGGUAUCCUGCUAGCGGAGAAUGCCCAAGGAAAAGCUGCUGUGCAUUUACAGAGUCAGCCUGGGUACUGAAUUACUACAGCACUGACACACUUCAUUGCCAGGAGACAAUGCUGUUUACGGGCUGGGGAGAGUGGCUUCCAACUGGCUCCCAGUCACUACCCCCUGGGGCGACAUGUUGCAAUGCACCUACCAAUGCCACAGCCCAUGCAUACGGACCGUGCCAACAUGGGGAGUGUUAAAGAGCAACUGCGAUCUCAGGAAAAUCCUUUGGGAAACAUUCUACAGGUGCUUAGAAAUAAUUCUGCUAAUUGAAUAUAGUACACGCUUUGCGGGGUAGCCUCCCCCCCUUUAUUCUUCACAAAUAAGGACAUUUCAUGAAAAUAGUAACUCCCCUGCUGAAAAGCUUGUCUGCUGUUUCCUUUCUCUUCCCCACUGCAGGCAUCUUCGUUACUCUAAGAAAGUUUCAAUUCUCCAUGCAGCAAACAGCUGCAAUGGAACAAACUGCAGGUGGUAAAUAAGCAGGAAGAUAUGGCGAACUCUUCUUAAAGGUGUACUGAGACAUCAAAACCAACGCAAGCCGCUACCCACGUGCUGAGUGAUGCCACCAAGUAGGCUGCAAGGUCCAUUCAUCGCAUCACCAGCUCUCUUUAAAAACUGGCCUUGGCUUGGCUAGAGAUGCUCCAGAAUGCAGCACUCUAGGACAUCACAUACCAGGAGAGUCAGGACUUGCACGGCAUCUUUCUUGGGCAUGCUGAGAUUCUGAGACAGCCAGGAACCAGCUGUGCCUGGGGUGCCCUGUUCACAUACUCUCGAUUUCAAGUGUCAAGUUUGGGAAAGU